UAAAUAAAUAAUAAUAAAUACAAGAAACAUAGGUUCUGCUCAUUUCUAAAGAAAUCUCUUCCAGCAGAUUCUAUAGGAUGACGUUGAAUAAAAUAAGGUUGAACAUGAUGGAUUAACUACAUACGUUAUUUUGUAGAUAUAUGUAUGUAUAUAUUAUUUAAGCCAUUAAUGAAAUCGUUGAAUUUAUUAAUUUAAAUUAAUACAGAUGUUAUUAUGUGUGACAACAUAAUGUGGAUGGAUUUUUGUAUUCAUUGUACUUUUAUAUUAAUCUUUCUGUUCACAAAACCUGUGACUUUUUAUUUACAUAUAUUAAACAUAAAUCUAAUCUGUCAUCUGAGGAAUCAUUAGGCUUAUUUCUGAAUUGCAUGUGAAUAAUAUAUAGUUCGUAUUAGUAUAUCUGUUCCACGUUUCUUUAUUCAGAAUGCUUAACUUUUUUUCUCAAGUUAAGAGCUAACUGAAAGUUUUCUUAAUCUUUGACGUUUGUAGCUGUAAACAAAUUACCUUUGUGAUAAAGUCCUCAGAAUCACUUAACGCUGUUAUUUUACCAUAAGUAUCGUAGUCUUUCACAAAUUUCUCUAUACAGGUGGCGCGCAAACAUCCACAGACGCAAUUAGACAAAGUCGGCUGUCACUAGAACAUAUAUCAAUAGAGAGUAAGAAACGAUACAAGUGUCAGUUUUGCAAGAAAAUUUUAACUCACAGGAACCACAUGCGCGACCAUCUCAGAACACACACUGGCGAGAAACCAUUCGAUUGCAGACAUUGCGCUGCCAGUUUCUCGCGGGUGUACCAUUUAAAGCGUCACAUGAGAACGCACACUGGCGAAAAACCGCACCGGUGCGAUUUUUGCAAUGAGAAAUUCACUCAAUUUUACCUUUUGAAAAGACAUUCAGAAGUACACGCGCACGAAGCAAUAUAUAAGUGUGACGAUUGUCAAAUGCCGUUCAAACGUGAGGCUAGUCUGAAACGCCACAUCAAAACUCAUAACAAAAUUGUAUCGUCUCAGAAAGAUGGACAAGUAUUCGUCGAUAUUAUAUCAAAAACAAUCGACAGUCAUUAUCAUGAAAACAUAAGCGACAUCAAACCGUACAAAUGUACAGAAUGUAAUUUGGAAUUUAGUCAAAGUAAAGAACUUAAAAAUCAUUUGAUAAUACAUUUCGGUGAAACUCAUUUCGUGUGUGAUUACUGUCAAGCUACGUUUAAUAAGAAACGUCUAUUAAGAACUCACAUAAUCAGGCAUAUUGAUAAGACGAAAUUCGAAUGCGAUAUUUGUCGAUGUAAAUUUUCUAAAAGGGAUUCGCUUGAUGAGCAUAUAAAAUCGCAUGCUGAAGAAUUUCAAGCGUGUGCAGAUUUUAAUGAAAUUUUUGAUGAUAGUAAAAAAAGUUAUCGUUGCCACCAAUGCGGCGCUAGUUUUGCUCGGAAUCAUGGCUUGAAGAAACAUUUAUUGAUACACGGUGACGAGGCGAUUCACGAGUGUAUUUUUUGCCACUGUAAAUUUAAUCAAAAAUCUAAUUUGAGAAUGCACCUGAAGAAACAUACAGGUGAGAAAUAUUACAAGUGCGACGUUUGCAAACGGAAAUUUGCCGAAAGUGACAAAUUAGAGAGACAUAUGAAAAAACAUGUGGGUGAAGAACCGAAAAGUAUAAUAGAAUUGAAACCGUUUCUCUGCAACCAAUGCGGGGCCAGAUUUCAGCGCGGUUACCAUUUUGCGAGACAUUUAAAAAUACACAGUAAGAAAGUAGUGUACGAAUGUAAUUUUUGUCCUUCCACGUUUAGUAAAAAAACUGAAUUGGGUAAACAUCUCGUAACGCACGACUUGAGAUACGAAUGCGAUGUGUGUAAUCGUAAAUUUGUUGUUAAAAGAAAUUUAGAGAAACAUUUGCUAUCGCAUAUUGAAGUAGAGUCUAAAAUUUGUCAGAAUAACGCGACACCGAAGAAAACGUAUAAUGAAAAGGUUAUAUGUAACGUGUGCGGGGUUGUUCUGAACCAGAAAUAUAGUUUGAAGAGACAUAUGCUCCAGCAUACUGGCGAGAAACCGUUCGAAUGCAAUAUUUGCCAUAAGACAUUCACACAAAACAGCACACUGACUGUACAUUUGAAGAGACAUGCUGGCGAGAAACGAUUCGAAUGUAAAAUAUGUAAUUUCAAAUUUUUAGAAAGAAGCAACUUUACUAAACACUUGGGCACCCAUUCAGACGAGAAACCUCAUCAGUGCAACGUGUGUAAUCGCAGAUUCAAACGGAAAGACUCAUUGACAUCGCAUAAGAAACUUCACACGGGUUUGAAACCGCACGAAUGUUACAUAUGUUUACGCAAAUUCACUUUGAAAAAAGUUAUGAUAAAACAUUUACGUACACACAAGGUUGACAAAGUUGAAAAUUGGGAAUAAUUCUACUUCUCAACUUUGUAUCGAAAGAAUGACAUGACGCUCUGGUUGAUGAAUGCAUACCCUAAAAUAUAAAAAGGGUCAUGUUUUUCUUCCUUUGUUCGAAGAUGACGCCAUAUUUUCCAAAAGCUUGAAGACAUUCACCGGUCGUAUAUAAAAAAAAUAUUAGUUAAUAAAUUAAUAUGCUAUAAAUUACUUUGACCCUACCGUCUUUACGUUAACGCUAUAUUUCGAUUGCUAUUAUUUACACUGUAUAGUGUACACAAGUUUAAGAGAAAUGAAAUCUUGACAAUGUACUUUAGUUCAACGUGGUACUAAAUUUGUAUAUUGUAGGAACAAUUAUAAGAUAAGCUGUAUAUAUGCAUGCCUUGCUGUCUUUAUCAAAAUAUCUUUGACAAACAAUUCGUCAAAAUCGAAUGAAAUGAAUUGUUCUGAAAAGAACGCGGAGUAAUGUAACGCUGUACGACAAAUUAAUUGUAACUUGAAGACGGCUAUGCUUUAAAAAAGUUAUGCCUCCAUAUAGAUAUACAUUAUUAACUAACGUAUUACUCAUAUUUUAUUACUAGUAGUAUAUGUGAUCCUGUAAGGUGACAUUUGUAAAUGUAUAAGUAUUAGCUUAAUGACAAAACGUGUAAUAUGAUGACCAAACUUUUUUUUUUAAAUUUUUAUAAUAGAAUCAUGUUUUGUUUAUUUAUGAUCGGAGUCUGACAUUUCUUUUAUUUAAUUUCAAUAAUUGAUAAUAAUUA